AUGUACACCACCUCCGUUUUCCUGGCUCUCGCCCUGUCUGCCACCUCUUUUGUUUCCGCUGCUCCUGUCGGAGAAUCCGGCGUCUUCGAGCGAGCCGACUCCUGCACUUUCAACUCCGGGCAGCUCGGCACGUGUAUCUCCACCGCCGAAUGCAACGCACAAGGGGGCACUUCUGAGGCCGGUCACUGCCCUGGCGCCGCCAACAUCCAAUGCUGCACAUGCUCAAGCCCGACCGUGAACGAUGGCACGAUCAUCAUGCUCAAGGAGUUGGAGGGUUUCAGUGCGACACCCUACCUCGAUGUCAACAAGGCCGCCAUCGGUUACGGCCACCAGUGUAAUGAGCCGGAAUGCGCGGGGCUUUCCCCGCCCAUUACCGAAGUGGAGGCGACCGAGCUGAUGCUGCAGGACCUUAGGACGUACCGUGAUUGCCUCACUGCAAAACUCGGCAGCGUCACACUGAACGAGAACCAGUACGGAGCGCUGGCAUCGUGGACGUUCAACGUCGGCUGCGGUAACAUGCGGGGCAGUACGCUGGUGAUACGGCUGCUGGCGGGAGAGGAUCCCAACACGGUUGCAGCAGAUGAGCUGCCAAAGUGGAGGCUCGUGAACGGCCAAGUGUCACAGGCAUUGGUGCGCAGACGCGAGAAAGAAAUAGCCUUGUUCAAGACGGAGAGCGGUGUACAAGUUUUGCCGGUGCAGUGUCCAGCUUGA